GACAGUUCAGCUUUCUGUAAUUUCAAAUCAUCUGUUCCAAUCUUUUAACAACAUUCUAAUUACAAUUCAUUUACUUGUUGAAAUAAGUACUUCCUCCAAUGAUUCAUACCACUUACAUGCCUUACAUGUGAUAAUGUCGUUGUUUCGGUUACGUCGACAUCUCAAAACAACUUAAACAACCACCGGUGGGAAUCUCAACAAAAGCAGAUCUAACCUCAAACGCUACUAUCAUCAUUCAUCACGCAACUUAUUCCACGUACGUGUAAAUAUUACAAUUUCUACUGAGAUGAUAAUGCCAGUGUGCAACGAGUGCUGUAACAAUGUUUAAGCUAGAAUCAUAUAUUACACCGAUUCUGCUCAGCUACGUCGAUAAAUAUAUUAAAAAUUUUCGUCCACAAGAUUCUCAGGUAUCAUUAUGGGGUGGCGACGCCUCAUUUCACAAUCUAGACUUGAGACUGGAAGUCCUGGAGCAGGAACUGCAACUGCCAUUCAGUUUUGUCUCUGGACACAUUCAUGAGUUGUUGAUUCAUGUGCCAUGGACUAAAUUGGCCUCCGAACCUAUUACAAUUACUAUAAAUACUAUUGAAUGUAUUUUGAAAUUAAGGGGGGCUGAUAGUGCUAGGGUUAGCCAGGAGAAAACACAAGAUAAAUCAAAAAGAUACCCAAAUAAAAGGCAGCAGAUUGAGGAGACCCCGCCUGGUUAUGUACAACUUCUCAUUAACAAAAUCGUAAGCAACAUUCGGAUUUACUGCAAUAAUUUGAUAUUGAAAUAUGUGGAGGAGGAUAUUGUUCUGUCCAUGAAUGUAAAACUAUUGACUUUUGAGUCGGCGAACGAGAAAUGGGAGCCUGCAUAUACAGAUGUUUACUUAUCGCAGUUGUUGAUGCGUAAAGUGAUAGCAAUAAACGACCUCACCGUGUGUUUAGACAAACGCAAUGCAUCAGGGAAAAUUGAUGUAUACCAAGAGCCGAUGUUGUAUCGGUGCUCGAUGGUUAUACAUUUCCUGCGGUCGAAUAUCGCGGGUAGCAAAAAAUCCUCAACGUCACGAUGCGAUAUUUACUGUAAUUCAAUGGAAUUCAGUAUGACAGAGCAACAAAUACCUAUGCUGUUGAGGUUAAUUUACUUGCUGCAAGCAUUACACCAGAAACAAUUAAAGAGUGAUCACGAUAUUUUCCGCGAGGGGGACGCACUGUCGGACACAGAAUAUGGCGUAGAAAAACAAUCACUCGCUGGAUGGGCCUGGUCGUUUGUGCCUUCCCUACUGCCAGUCUCACAUGACGAUAUAAAUUUCCAAGAAAUGCACAAUCUUGGCCCAACUCUACAAAUUGGAUUCUACGUGGAUAAUGCCUCGCUUACUUUUAAAGUUUCCGAAUCGCACAAUGAAAAAGGCGGAUAUUACUCGCAACGCAAGUUGAAAUACUGGCCACUUCUCACACUGCGUCUACAAGGUAUUUUUACUGAGUCAAUAUUUCAUGGCAAGCAAUGGUCGCAAGUUAGCAUGGGAAUUAGCGAGAUGGCGCUGUUACCAAUCGGACAAUGCAGUUGUUCUAUUCAAGACGUUCUUGAUAAUGUCACACCAGCAGAGUAUCUUAAAACCGGGCAAAUAUCCGAUGCGCACAAAUCCGAUUCACUUUUCGACGCUGAAGCGCCUGAAAAUAAAGGCGAGCGUAAAAUUUACCACGCCAAUUGGAAUCGGCAUGUUGAGCGCACUACAGAGGCGGCUCUACUGGAGCGCUCGCCAGCGCUAGCGGUAGACUACCUGUAUCACUUGACUGUCCCUGAUGACAUGACAAGCGAAAACUUGUCUGAACUUGGGAGUGAUUUUGAGUAUAGUAAUUUAUCCGAGAGGGCGCUGUUGAGAGUUGUGGUGGGUCCAUUGCGCAUGCGUCUAUGUUCCGGUUUCCUUCAUCGCAUGAGUAGUCUACAGGCUGCUGCAUCAACUUAUGAUUAUCUACCGUAUAGUAUACCGAAACCAGAGCCGGAGUUAGCCGAUUUGUUACCACCGUCUGAGGAUGAUUACGAUGCGUUAAAUGAACACAUACCAGAUAGAGUUAUGCAAUUUACAUUCCUUGCGCCUGUCGUUGAAGUUUCCCUAAUGGAUCAUCCGUUUUUCGAAGCAACAAAACAUAAUUUAUUCAAGAGGAAAAAGUUGUCUACGCAUCAGGCGCAGCAAGGCAUACAUGAGCAAAACUUACCAAAGUUGACUCUGGAAUGUCAAUGUGUCGAUUUGAAGAUUACAAAUCCAAUGUAUACGAAGAGAUUAUUGCGAACAACGUGUCAAUUGCCUGAUCCACCAGCGCAUAUGUUCGACGCAUGUUAUUCCAAGAUGUCCGCGAAAGUAAUCGGAUUCUGUAGUAGAUUGUUGAUAAAUAAGCGGCAAACAACGAUAUUAACGCCUAGUAACGCAUCCUAUAAAUCCAAGAGUAUAUUAAUGCCGCAAUAUUGGGUGGAUUCGAAUAUUGCGCAUCGAGAGUGCUUGUUUGAGGGUGAAAGUUUUACUAUAACUGGCACGAAUCCGAAGCUGUUGAUUUUUGGCAUGAUUUUGGAUAAAUUUAUUAAGAAAGAUGCUGAGGAUGGUAUACAUUAUAUUGGCAACAGUUCAUUGGUGGCUGAUGCAGUUAAAAAUCAUGGUUUAGCAUAUUUGGAACUCUGCGUCGAAGGAAUGCGCUACAAGCGUGUGACAACGGAAAGCACGACAAUAAUCGACGCGAGUUUAGGUUCAAUCAAAGCCUUUAUAAUCGAACCGAUUGAUUUCAUCAACACACCGACAUCUAGUUUGACAUCUGCAAAUCUAUCCACCGCCAGUUUCUAUUCCACGCGAGAAAUUCAACAAGUGUUGAUUAUUUCCGGCCCAGAGUAUGAAAACGAAGAAGAUGCUACUGCAGCAUCAACAGAGCAGUUGUUCACAGCCACUGUGCAAGUUCCACUCAAUCGAAAACAAACACAUCCACCACUGUUGCUUUUUAACUUGAAAGAAAUCAAAAUGUGUGUUGAUCCGCUCCUGUGUAGAUGGUUGCUGUACACACCGAAAGUGACAGCGAUGAAAACUGAAGUUUUAUUUGAAGCUGCGCCUAGGAAACUAAGUCGCACUUAUUCAGAUAAUAGUGUUUAUGAAACACCACGCAGAAACCGAACUCCAUAUGAGUCGAUUCAUAGCAGUCUUGAUCAAGCGACUUAUACACCUGUGCAAAAGUCACAAAAAUCACAAUCGUUAGCGAUUAAUACCGGAGAAGAAGAAAGGGAAGAAAUUGAUUCGCAGGAAAAAGUUUAUAAUUUCCUCAAAAAAUGGUUCGACGUGUGGAAAGGCCUACUCUUCUACGGCGACGUCUCACAAUGCACGAUUUACUUCCCUGUGAAGUCUUUAUCCGCUGUAGGUUCACAGGGAAUUCAACAAGCUGUCGAGGAAGUAAUGCGGAAAGAAAACCCACCGGAUAUAUUUGUGUUCACACUGCCCUCUGCGAAAGUCCGCAACUCUUCACACAGAGACAACUUGAAUCAGUACAUGAACAAGUUGCCAAUUGUGUUACCAGAUACGUUCUGGUCGGCGAACAAGUCGAGCUUCCCGUGGAAUUUACACAUUGCUGAUUUGUCAUGUUAUACUUGGCAAAAUGGCGCUAAGGUUGAUUGUCUCGCACCUGUUUCCCUAACCUCAACAGUUGGAAUGUCAACGAAGUCUGCAAGGCCCAGUCAGGACGCCGGCCAUCUUGGACAGAGCAUCGAGAAUAUCUUCCAGAUUAAUUUCUCUGGUAACAAGUGUGAUAUUGGAACGUUUGGUGUGUGCGUACACAUUGACAUGACGCCGAUUGUUGUGUCUAUAUCUGAACCACAAGUUUGUCUUAUUGCGAGUAUUCUCCAUGGUCUAAUUGAAGUGGCGUACAACAUUCUCCCGGAACCGAAGGUGCAAGUACUAAAUCUCGAUCCCAUUCCUCCUAUUCCUUCAACCCAAGGCGGUUCUAACCUAAGUCCGACAAUAUUAAAAGAGAGCGUGGAUUCGGUAAGUGAGAAACAGCGACCCCUGGUGCCGGAAAACCUCGAAAGUGAUAAUAUUAAACUAACGGCGUGGAUACAAUGGACUAUUACGCGAUUUACCAUUAAUUUACUUGCACAAGACAAUUCUAACCUCAAUUCUAACCUUAAAUUCGUUAUCGACGCGGAGGAUAUAGUCAGUUCUUUAGACUUUCAAAACGUUUAUUUAAAACUUAAGAGUAAAAUCGGGUCGGCAAGUGUGAUGCACUAUGUAAAAGAUGGCGACGAUAGAUGGCGCCCCGGGGAUUUCCUUGGGUUAGUUUUGAGGGUAAACGAAGAACCUGUGACUUCCGAUCGGCAAGAAGACACGAGUUUUGCUAAUAUUACUAUAACACGCGCAAGCUGUCAACAUACACAUACACUAUGGGGUGCUAACAAGCAAAAAAACAAAAAUAAGAAAAAAAGCACCGCGGAUGAAGACAAAAUGGCGGAGUUUGUGUACUCACGCUACAUGACUGAAAUAAUGCUCAGUAUUCAACCGAUAGACCUAUUGGUAUCACCUGUCACUUUGAAGAAUUAUUUCUUGGUACUGGAACCUUUGUUACAAGUACCAGCGUUAUCAUCACAACCAAGAAAAGUCACAUCUUCUAGUAGUUUAAUUCUUAGCAAUCGCAGUUUACCGCUGACGUACAUUGAAUUCAACGGGUUUCGAUUGAUCAUGCCUUCGGUAGACAUGGGAAAAGCCGGUACUGUGCACAAUACAUGCGUAUUUCAAGUUAACAGAAUUAAUUUAUCACCGAGCGCUGUGAAUCCCAUCUGUAGAACUCCAUGCAGGCCGGAUAUUUACCAACAGGCAGCGCAGGCGCGGAUUCUGAACGUGCCCGGAAGUGAGAUGGAGGAUCGCCAAUAUCAACUGGAUAUUAACGGUAUAUGCAUGAAUUCUGGUUCGUGGACGGAGAUAAGUCAAUUAUUAAAGAAUAGAGGUAAAAGUAUGUCGGUAUUGAAAACUAUGAGUGAAAACCCAGCGCUGGAAUGGAAUAAUCUGGAAAAAGGUAAACUCAAGUCCGGACCGGAGAUUACCUACUGGUCGCUGAUAUCCAAGUUUGAUAUCUCGGUGAUUUACGCGCCGGCAAUGAUCUACAAGCAUGAUAUCAUCUGCGGGCAUUCAAUUGAGGUUAACUUUAUAUCGGAUAUUAAUUUUACGGUGUCCCUCGAGCAGAUUAAGCUGAUAAUGUCGUUGAGUGAUGAGGCUCUUGGUGUUUUGGAUGUUUUACUCGCGCAGAACGACGUGAACAAACCGUCGAAGGUGAUAUUUCCGUAUUCCAUUUAUCAACCGGAAGAUGAAUGUGAUCUGGAAGUAGAAUUGGAUGUGACUAAAGAUUCCGGCAUUGAAACACAAGCUUCAGACCUCAGGAGUUCGUUUUCUUUGAAAACAAACAGCGGAGUACUUGGGGCUUUAAGAAAAAUGAGCGAAGUAAGUGAAAAGUCCAUUUUGUCACCUGGUGCACCAGCAAUUGUUAAAUCUUCAACAACGUUGAGUAACACAUCGACGUUUAUACCUCUAGAUGUUUUAAUAACCGGCGGAAAGGUUUCACUGGUUUUGUAUGAGUUUGAAACUUCGACUAGGAGUGACAUGUCGCGAUUUUUCAAAGAAAAUGAAAGUGAUAAAGGUUACGAAGCUUCCGAAGAGGAAAGUGUCAUUGAUGUAAAGAUGCACGCAAGGAGAUUCUUUCCUUUGUUGUAUUUUUCUUUAUCGCAACCGAAUUGCUUCAUGUCCGAUACAUUACUAUGCAGAAAGAUUCAAAUCUCGUGUUAUGAUGUCUGUAUCAAAGUCGAUGGACAUGGCGGACAUAAAAUCUUGAAGAGUAUACCAAGCGAGGAUGAUUUUGGUACGCAUUUACUAGAAACUAAAUCAGGGGAACCCCAUCUUGACACAGGCGUACUCCCAGCGUUCCUAACCUUAAAAUGGAGUAAAGGUAUAGGAAAACCUGCAACUUUGGAUGUGGAUAUUGCAAAACCGACGAAAAUUGUAUGCUCAUUGUCCAGAUGGUUGUAUCUUCUACAGAUUCAGGAUAAAUUUCUAUCUAAUAUUAUUGUACCACGUGGCAGAUUUAGUUCUACAGAUAGUCAGGCGGAUCCAAAACCGGAUAUGGAGGUUCUGCACGUGCGAGCACCGAAAACCACCACAAAAGGUGAACAUUAUUUAAAAUAUGAAUUGAUCAAGCAGAAGUUUAAAGGUUUAUCUAUUAUUAACGUAAAACUAUCACAAAUGGUGCUUGCGAUGCACACGAAAAAUGAUGUUGAGGUUAGUGUUGCUUUUUCAAGUUUAACAAACAAUUUAUCCAUACAAAAUCGCCCGGAGAAGUUGUUAAACACUACGAGUAUAGAAUGUAUGACAAUUGGAUGUGUUUCCAAUGGUGCAUCAAAACUAAUACUAAAUCCAUGGAGUACUUCAUUUGAGGUUACGUUGUUCUGGGAGUCAUGGCAGUCGAUGAAUUCUAGCCCACAAACGCAGAUUUCAGCCGAGAGUGAUGCUAUCGUGCUGGAUAUCAGCCCUGAUCAAGUUUUAAAUAUUCAAGAUUUAUUGGAGGACAUUCAGGAGUUAUCUAGGAAUUUCCCUAAAAACUCCGAAGAUACUUCAAAGAUGCGAAAAGAACCAUCCAAAGGUCCUGUAACUGAAAAAGAACAACAUUACAAGGAUGAUCUACGAGCCGGAGCUUUCCAUUUUGUAGAUUCAACGAGUAAUAACAUUGACGAGUUACCAUUACCCUAUCAGGUUGUAUUCUGGAAUAGGAAUGUCUCUGCGAUGGCGUGGAGAUAUCCACAACCGAGGGCGCUGACUAAGGUUAGGGUAUUUCCGGUUCCUUUUAAAAUAAGCACUGGAAACGAAGAAGACGAGCAGAUUCUGUGUCAUCUAGAAUAUUGGUCUGAUUGUCAUGGUUGUUAUCAAACAUUCACACAGUUUUAUUUAUCGGAAACAGAGAUGUGUCAUUUGGAGCUUCCGAAAAGCUACCCACAACCAGCUGUGGCGUGUACAUGGAGAGUGGUGUUAACUGCACCUAUGAUUAAAGACUAUCAUCAGUCUAGAGUAUUCGUCAGUCCUAGAGCAUUAGCUGGUUGCAUAAGAAUUGAUUCUUAUUUUAACAAACAUUUGAUUCCUCAAUUGACUCUGGCUGUACACAUUGCUUCUGUCAACGUUAACCUCAUCAAUUAUUUUGAUAAAAGAGCGAAUUAUACGAUGCCUAAAGGGUUGAAGAAAUUCUACUCGGAUUUACUUAUACCAGAUUAUCAACACGUUGUGACUUUGACCAUAGAUAACGCCAAUGCGUAUCUGGCAACGUGGAAAUUCGAAAUGGCGGUGUUCGAUAUCAACUGUAAUGCGAAAUGCGCCAUCUUGGAUUAUGCUUUCCUCACACUCCAACAGUUAAUAGAACCAUUCUCGUUUAAAUUUGAAGUCUCUCUAGCGAAAACAAUAGGGAUUAAUAUUAUCUCUCAACCGAUAAGGGUUUUAUUUGGUGCGGGUGCUGCGCAUACACUUGCUGUAAGCGUGCAAUUGUGGAAUGAACUAUUACAACGCCGGAAAUCAACCGAAGACGCGAUUGAUUUUAUUUUAUUAACACGAUAUGUUGUAUGUAACGAUACCAAUUUGAAUCUGCGGUUUGGCCAAGCUGGAUUGGAGGAUAUUUUCCUACCCUCUGGGUGUUGUCAUUUUUAUUCAUGGCGGUCACAAAAAAAUAAACAAGUUUUGCGUGUUGCAAUGGAAGAGAAUAGAAACCUGAUGUGGUCGGAACCAUUCACUGUGGAUAAAGAUGGUACCGAGAUUUACAAAAUGGCGGAUGAGAGCACACAGAUUAUUAUCACGGUUAAGUCUUUGUCUGCCACUCAGAAACAAAUUAUUAUCUCCGGACAGUUUUAUAUAUGCAAUACAUUAUUGGAACAUUUUGAGAUGAAGGUAGUGCAGAGUGUUUCCAGGGAGAAGGAGAGAGAGUUUAAGUUAACUCCGAGUCAUAUUAUUAGAGGAAAGAGCACACCGCCGAGUAUGUUUCUUGAUUGUAGUAAGACGUAUGUUUUGAGAUUGAGGUUCUAUGGGUUGGAAUCUGCUUGGUCUGGGGAUAUUCCCUUAUUGGAGAAUACAAAGUGUGCGCAGCCAUGGCUCGUGAAAGUGCCAUUACAAGAACGUGGCCAGUUCUUGAGCAUAUGGUGUCGCAUUGUGAUACAAAACUAUGCGCAAGGCAAGAAAAUUCUUGCGAUGAUGUGGCCAUUGUUUAUGAUUCGGUCGAAUCUGCCUAUUAGUGCUAAAGUCCACAUUGAGACACCGACAUUAAACGUGCAUCUGGAAUCAACUGUGAAGGGACACGGAGAAUUGCAACAGUUGUAUUGUCCUGGGACAAUUGAUCAUUCACAUCAGCUUACCUUCCAAAUUGAUAAUGCUUUGUCCAAUUCCAAUCCAUAUGUUCCGCUCAACUAUAGUCUAGUUGACCAAAAGCAGUUCUUCAAAAAAUCAGAAAAUGAAGACGUGGCUGAGAUAUUAGCCACCAUCGAUGAAUCCAAUAAACAUUCGUGGCCAUAUUUCUUUGAUGAUUAUGAAGAUGUUGAGUUUGCCGCUGAUGAUCAACCAUUAACCCAUGUGCAAGUGCGUUAUCAAAACGCGUCACCUUAUUCCAGUGCACUCUUAGUUGAACUCUUACCGUGGUCUCUAAUGGUCAACAUGCUCGGCUGUCAAAUCGCCAUCUUGAUUAACGAGAAAGAGCUGUGCCGGAUUAACCACAACGGAAUUAUCACACCGCCUAAACUUGAAGAGACCUUUUGUAUUGGUGUUGGUUUGAGCAGCACGUGGAAUGUCUCAGGGCCUCUACAGCUGGCCAAAUCUAAUUGGUCACAGGCUUUUUAUAUGCCUUCUAUUACAGGUACGAUUCCUUUUGAUGGUAAUAUAAAGGCAGUGGUACAUUGCGAGCCAUAUGUAUGCGUGGUGUCGAUAUACAGCUCGAUAUAUAACGAGAUUCGGUUACUACGCAUGACUUCAUCGCACGUGUUAACCAAUCACCUGAAGAUGCAACUGUAUGUGGUUUGUUUUGCGCUGCCAGAUAAUAAUUCCAGAGUGAAUCUUCCACUGCAGUGUGAUAAACAUGCGUUUGUUUUGCCUCCUCAACUCCACAAAACUAAUAGCGGAAUACCAAUUAUGCAAUGGCUCCUCGUGGAGAACGCUCAAAACACACGCGCGUACACAAACUCAAACGAUUACGCUUUCUAUGUGUCGUUUUCAACGAGUUUCCGCUACGGCUGGUCGUGCCCAAUCCGUGUGGAUAAAUAUGCCGCACGGCGGAGUAUCGCCAUUCCCCACGAAACACGCAGUGUACCCAUCGUGUUGGUAGCGCAAGAAUACAAAGGUCAAACGUAUCUAGCUGUGCACCAUGAUUUACAUCCACAGCUUUUGGUGGAGAACCAUUGUGGGACGAAGAUAUUCUGCGCGCAGUUCAAAAAUGAUCAAUCCGCUGUCAUUCAGGAUUGCGAUCACAUCAAUUGGCUGUGCACCAUUGACAAUCAUUCUUCCAGCUACUAUAGCAUGCCAAUUGUUAGCGAGAAGUUUCCGGAGCUUCCACAGGUCAAUUAUCAAGAGAUGCUGGUGCUUGCUGCAAGUGAUGAAAGUGAUUUAGAAAACAUAAUUUGGUCCACGCCGAUAAAUGUGACUAACUACAACGAUCAAUUCGUGCGCAUUCCGUAUCACGGCGACGUUAAAGCCGUGGUGCAAUACACUGCACAUGUGAUAAAGAUCCGCAUCGAAUCGGUGAGUCAAGUUGAAAUUAGCGCUAGGGAUAUCCGCGUGCGUUUGACAAUGCACGAGAAUGAAGCGAGGCAGCAGAAGAAGGAAAUUGCCUAUGCUGACAGCGGCUCGACCACUGCAGGAACAGGAACGUCUUUCUUUAGUGCUGAAGGAUCCGCUAGUUCUAGUGGGUCAACUGAAAAUAUGAUAAUGCUGCGUCCUGAAACAUAUUUGGAUUAUGCUGCUGGUGCUGCAAGUAGUGUAUACUCUGAUUGUGAAGACAGAUCGUCAUCAACACAAAUUAUUCAACCAUCUUUGACUCAGAAUGUCAUUAGAGUAAUGGCGUUCUUCAAGGGUUUAAUUUUUACUUUAACUGGAGAUUUAGAAAAUGGCGGCGCGGAAAGAAAAGAAGUGAUUAGUUUAUCGUGUGAUAACAUCGCCAUUACAGUCACACGCGCUGAAAUCUCGCAGAUUGUAUUGAGCAUUUCAAAUAUUCAAAUUGACAAUCAAUUGUACACGCGUGGAUCGUAUGAUUUUCCGGUGAUUUUGGUCUCGCAAUCAGAGGGACCAAAAGUCAAUCUGCGAGGGUUUAAUGUCCCUAUUAAUCAGUUGAUCUACGACGCGCAGGAGAACAAUGUCAUUCGUAUGGAUAUGAAUGUGGAGAGUUGGAGGGAUGUAUUCUUAAAUGAAAACAUUGCAGAUGUGCGUGAUAUUCACAUCAAAGUCCAACCUAUAUCAAUAUUUCUGGAAGAUAUUUACUUGAUGAAGUUGGUGGAAUACCUAACGGUGCUGCAACCAACCAAACUCGUCAUCUGGCAACCGAGAAAAUCCACGAACUACCGUGUGAAGUCAACGUGUGUUCCAGUUCCGCUUCAUUUGAAGUACGGAGCAUGCAUGCUGGCGCGUCCUGUACGCUUGAAGAAUUUCAGCAUUGAUGAGAUAUCAAUCCUUCUCUCUGUUCAUGCAUCGGUCAAGCUGUAUAUAGCUCUGGACCAGUCGCCAUUGCAUUUUGGUAAAUUCGACAAGAAGCGUCUGUUUACUACCUAUUAUAGAUUAGGCCACGCCAUGACGAUGCAUUAUAUAUCAGGCGCCAUCUUUGGUGCCGGUUGGGUGGUGAGUUCAUUGGAGUUGAUUGGAAGUCCUGGUGGGUUAGCCCGUGCAAUGGGAUCUGGUUUAAGAGAUUUUGUAAGUUUACCUUAUCAUGGAUUGGUACAAGGACCAUGGGCUUUUCUUAGAGGCGUGUCAUAUGGUUCCGCUAGUCUUAUGAAGCAUGUGACAGCGGGUACGCUGCAAUCUGUGACCAAGUUAGCUUCCAGUGUUGCAAGGAAUUUGGAUAGGUUGACGUUGGACGAUGAGCAUUUACGCCGGACAGAAGAAUCACGCAGGCAACGGCCUCAAGGAUUGACUCAAGGUUUCGUCCAAGGUUUGACAGGUUUAGGAAUAAGUUUAUUGGGAGCUGUUGGUGGGAUAGCGCAUCAUCCGCUUCAAAGUGUCAUGGCGGAGGGUGCAUCACCAAGGUCACUUGUAGCCGGCGUUGGACGAGGUAUAGUUGGUGUAUUUACCAAACCUUUGAGUGGCGCUGCUGAAUUGGUUGCGUUAACUGGUGAAGGAUUGCUUCAAGGCGCAGGAUGGAAUAAACUACCGGAACCGCGCAUGACUCCAGCGUUAAACCACAUUUAUUCCUCGACAAAUUCAAUUGUAAAGUACAAGUGGAAGUUUCUGCAGACAAUCACACAAAGUAAUAUUCUUUUCGUGACUGAAGCUACCGCCAUUACGAAUAUUUGUCAAUAUGACGCUGUCGCCCUUGUAUUGACCUCUGAGGCUUUGAUCAUCGUUGAUGUCGAUGAGGAUAUGACACAGAGAGUGUUAAGCCUAUCAGAACUUUCGGGAACAUAUAAUAAUGACCCCACACUGUUAUGUCUCAAGUUGGAACCACCUAAAGUAAUCAUGAAGAUCGUGGAGGAUGAUGUGGUGCUUGAGAUGGAUCCGGCAUGUCGCGCACGCGUGGCAGAUUACGUCAGGAAUACAGUUGGGCUUAUGCAGCUUCCUGCAGAUAGAGAUAGCCCUGAACAUUCGGAAAUGAGUAUUUCGCCGGAUGUAUCACCAACUGGGUCCCCGGGAAGGAGAUCGGACGAAGCCACGGUGAUGACCUACUAUGUCAGCCCGCAGAGUCGAAAUUAUUUUCUGUGUUUGCUGGCCUUGGCGAAACAACAAACCGAAAACUAUUAUUUUCCAAUUUUAUAAGUCACGACAAAAUGGAGUAAGAACCGAUACUUUUUAUUUAUUAAUGAUUUAUGGUGAUACAAAGCGGAGAUUGAUUUUAUAUAAGUAAAAAAUUGUGAUAUGAUCUAACAUAA